CUCAACUAUUUCUCUUUCAACUAUUUCUCUUGAUCUUUUUCUUGUGUAGUAAAACAAACCAUACAAACUCUUACCAAUAAGUUAACAACAUCAAGUAACUCUCUUGUCCUUCAUAUACUUUACUUUGUCUCCAAAAUUUACAACACCAUCUACACAACAAUUACUCAAAACCUACCCAUCAUUUAACUCCUCACCAAACAUAAAAUCCAAACCAAACCAAUCUUACACAUUUGCAACAACAUUAAAAAAAAGCUCAAAAAACAACAUAAUGAGAUGCACCAUUCCUACAAACCCAUUUCUCAAAAUUCUCACUUUCUUCAUUCUACAAACAUUACCACUCCUAACACAAACAAAGAUGCUAACUUUACCACUCAAAUCACAAGUUAUUUCAUCUGGGUAUCUUCCAAGACCACCAAACAAGCUUCGUUUUCAUCACAAUGUUUCUCUCACAGUUUCAAUUACUGUUGGCACCCCCCCUCAAAACGUGUCAUUAGUAAUUGACACAGGAAGUGAACUUUCAUGGCUUCAUUGCAACAACACUACAAACCGGGUUUCACUCAACCCGUUUUUUAACCCGAAUUUUUCUUCUUCCUACAAACCCAUUUCGUGUUCUUCAUCAACCUGCACGACCCGAACCCGAGAUUUCCCCAUACCCGCUUCAUGUGACUCCAACAAUCUCUGCCAUGCUACUCUUUCAUAUGCAGAUUUUUCUUCCUCCGAAGGGAACCUUGCUUCUGAUUCGUUCGGGUUUGGAGGAUCCGAUAACCCGGGAACUGUAUUCGGGUGUAUGAAAUCAAGCGUUAGCACAAACUCUGAUGGAGAUUUUAACACAACCGGGUUAAUGGGUAUGAAUCUCGGGUCACUAUCUUUGGUUUCUCAGCUUAAGAUACCCAAAUUCUCGUAUUGUAUAUCGGGUUCUGAUUUAUCGGGUAUUUUACUUCUUGGAGGAUCCAAUUUCUCAUGGGUCGGGUCAUUGAACUACACUCCCUUGGUUCAAAUAUCCAUCCCUUUACCUUAUUUUGACCGGGCCGCUUAUACGGUUCGGCUAAUGGGCAUCAAGGUUUCAGAGAAACUACUUAAUUUAUCAGAUGAUAUGCUCGUUCCAGAUCACACUGGGGCGGGUCAAACUAUGUUUGAUUUAGGUACUCAAUUUACGUUUUUACUUGGGCCCGUUUAUAGUGUCUUGAGAGAAGAGUUUCUCAAUCAAACAAAUAGUACAUUGCGAGUUUUGGACAACUCGGAUUUUGUGUUUCAAGAAGCAAUCGAUCUUUGCUAUCGUGUUCCAUUGAAUCAAUCAAAAUUACCUGAGUUGCCAAGUGUUAGUUUAGUUUUUGAAGGAGUUGAAAUGAGGGUUUCGAGUGACCAACUUUUAUAUCGAGUUCCAAAUCAAGUACUAGGGAAUGAUUCAGUGUAUUGCUUCACAUUCGGGAACUCGGAUCUACUAGGUGUAGAGUCAUUCAUCAUUGGACAUCAUCAACAACAAAAUAUGUGGAUGGAGUUUGAUCUUUUGAAAUCUAGGGUUGGAUUGGCUCGGGUACGAUGUGAUUUGGUGGGCCAAAAAGUGUUGGGCAUGUAUAGUUAGUUAGUCACACAUGCUUGAAUGAGGUAUGGUACAAAUUCAUCAAGCCUUAAAGAUAUUAAAGAUCAUUCACAUUUCAAUGGUGUGGUUCAAUUCUUUAAUGCAAUUUUAAUGAUGGACCAUAUUGUACAAAUAAGAUUAGAGGUUAACUUUCGAGAGAGUUUAUGGUGAGGAACUUAGGCUCAAGAUCAGUCCCUUGGUUCAUACUUAAAAUCUUGCAAUAUUUCAAUGUUAAAAUUAAAUGAAAUUGCAAUAGUAUAUUUUCUUUUUC